UUGGAAUUUCACUUGAUUUGAUAGUAGGUGGGGAGAAAACAUAUGAGCUGACAACACCAUUACCUUCACAAUUGUCACUUUUUCGAUUUGUGUGAGGAGUCGUGUAUCGCGUUAUUUGUCAUGGCAUAGAAAAAUAUUUUGCAUUUGUCGUGUGAACAUUAACAGUUUUUUACGCGCCGUUUACAUACGUUUAUCAUAAACGGUGUCAUGUAAAUAGACCGUGUCGUAGUAACACGCGUGCAGGGUGAUAAAUGGGGAAAAUAUUAGAUAGUUUGUGUGUAGUGUAGUGAGAGUGGAGAUGGAUCGCCGAUGUUCCCAGUCCGUACGAACGCUGGUUUUCGACGAUUCGGACUCGGAUCCGCCGAAAAAUGGACAGAAGAAAGAUCUGUCGGCUUCAGGAGCCCCGUCAUCGCUCAAUCAAAGCGCUGAAGAUGCCAGCAAAGCUUCGAGAACAAACUUGGUGCGCAUCCGAAGAUCGGCGCUGGGCAAGUCGGCGCCGACGCUCUCAGUGCAUGUCAAAGAGUCGUGCGCGGUGUCGCGUCGGCCGUCCAGGCUGCCGCCGCCGCCCCCGCACCACAGGCUUUCACUCGUGGUGGGUUCCGGAAGAUGCAGCUCUCCAGGCACAGGCCCUCUGUCCCCCGCGGAGGGUCCACGCUGGCCUCACAUGCACCACCCCCACCCGCUGCACCACGCGCUUCUCUCCUCAAGCGUGAAGCGCGGCAAGGAGCUCGACGGUCGCAGAUGGUCGGUGGCCUCCCUGCCCUCCUCCGGAUACGGAACGACGCCCGGCAGUUCUAGUCUUUCACAGUCGCAAUGCUCGUCGCAGGAGCGCUUGCUGGCGGUGCAGCCGCCGUGCGAGCCGCAGCCGCGCGCGCCCUGCCCGCAUUGCCAUCAGCAUCAGAACUCGCUCAACAGCUCACAAGGCAGCGGCAUGAACAACUGGGCGUCGCUCUCCGACAGUGGCGGCAGCGGGCACGCGGCCGUGCGCGCGCCGUCGCCGCAGAGCAUGGCGCGCCGCGUGCGCAGCAGGAGUUUGAGUAGUCCGUCGCGGUCCGUCGGCUCGUCCGGCGGCGGGUCGGGCUCGAGGGACGACGCGGUCUCGGCGAUGUCCUCGCUCUUCGCCGCGAGGUUCCCGGCGGCGCAACGAGCGAUGGACGAUAAGCUGAGAGGCCUCAUCGAUGAGCUGACCGAGUUGGAUAAGAAGCCAGACCGACCGCCCAUCGAGCGUUUUGUUCAAAGACAGGUGUUGGAGAUGGCGCGCGACUGUCUCCACAAGUCUGAGUCGAAGCAGGUCACCAGCAGUUACUUCUACGACAUGGCUGACAGCUUGGACAGGUUGCUCGCCGAGACGCGCGAGAAGUCUGCGGAGGCGGGUGCGCAGGUGGCCCCGCUGGUCAACCGCCUCAUACUGGCCAUGGCGCGCCCGGCUCGCCUGCUCGAGUGUCUGGAGUUCGACCCCGAGCGGUUCUAUCGGCUGUUAGAGGCCGCUGAGGGACACGCGAGGCAUUUGCAGGGCAUCACGACGGACAUCCCGCAGUACAUAAUCCACAAGCUGGGCCUGUCGAAGGACCCGCUCGCCGAGCUGCACGCGCCGCCGCCGCCGCCGCUGCCGCAGAACAACUCGCCCUCCAAGACGCGCGGGCGCCAGUCGCCGCCGGGCGGGGCCGCGGGCGCGCCGCCGUCGGAGAGCGACUACCAAGUCAUCAAGCUCAUCUCCAACGGCGCGUACGGCGCCGUCUACCUCGUCAAACACAAGCAGACCAGGCAGAGGUACGCGAUGAAGAAGAUCAGUAAAAACAAUUUAAUACUGAGGAAUCAAGUGGAGCAGGCGUUCGCCGAGCGCGACAUACUCAGCUUUGCCGACAAUCCUUUUGUGGUGACGAUGUACUGCUCGUUCGAGACGAAGCGUCACCUGUGCCUGAUCCUGGAGUUCGUGGAGGGCGGCGACUGCGCCACGCUGCUGCGCGCCGGCCCGCUGCCGCCCGACAUGGCGCGCCACUACUUCGCGGAGGCCGUGCUCGCCGUCGAGUACCUGCACUCUUACGGCAUCGUGCACAGGGACCUCAAGCCUGACAACUUGCUCAUCACGGCCACUGGUCAUAUAAAAUUGACCGACUUCGGACUCAGCAAAAUGGGUCUCAUGUCAUUGGCAACAAAUCUGUAUGAAGAGUAUGCCGACCGCGAAGCGCGUCAGUUCUCUGACAAGCAAGUUUGCGGCACUCCGGAGUACAUCGCUCCAGAAGUCAUACUCAGACAGGGUUACGGGAAGCCGGUGGACUGGUGGUCCAUGGGGAUCAUCCUGUACGAGUUCCUGGUCGGUUGCGUGCCUUUUUUUGGCGACACACCCGAGGAGCUGUUCGCGCACACUGUUAAUGAUGACAUCGAGUGGCCUUCGGAAGAAGACUUUCCCAUAGCAGUGGAGGCUCGAGCGAUCAUCACGGAGCUUCUGGCGCGGAAUCCCAGGGAUCGAUUGGGGACUGGCGGUACACACCAAGUCAAGGAUCAUAUAUACUUCUACGGCUUGGACUGGAACAACUUGCUGAGAAGGAAAGCCGAGUUCAUCCCGCAGUUGGAGAACGACGAGGAUACCAGCUAUUUUGACAGUCGUUGCGACCGCUACAAUCACAGCGAGGUGGACACUGACGAGGCGGGCGAGGCGGCGGAAGGCGCGGGGGAGGGCGCGGCGGCGGGGAGCGUGGGCGGAGCGGAGGAGGCGGGCGUGUUCGCCGCCUUCUCUUCCACCUCGCCGCAGUGGCGCCGGCACUACCAUCACCCCUGCGUCGACCAUGACUCCAGGAGUACGGACAGCUGGCCUGGCACGCCGGACAGCGCCGGUCCCCCAACCACACCCACAGCGCCGGUGCAUCAUCAUCCUAAGUGCCCGAUCAUGGGCGGUAGUGCGUCAACAGCGGAAUCCUCCCAAACGGACAGCGACGACGUGUCGCCCGCGGCGAGGAGGCGCGCCGCGCUGCGCCCGCACGCGCACCACCACGCGCACGCGCACCCGCUGCACCCGUCGCUGCUGGCGCAUCCGCAUCCCACGUCCACGGCGCUCGCGCUCGUGCCGAGAGUCAGGGCGGACUUGUCCAAGAAAGAAGACAAGGGUGUCGACAAACCGGACAAGCCGGAGAAGUCUCGGCCGACAGCAAUUGUCGCGACAAAAUCGAUGCGACGGUCGGCGAGCACGUCCGGACUUUCGCUCGUUAUACAUCCAGCAGAAGACAGCAUACUGGGUGGCGGUGCGGGAUCCCCCUGCGCGGGCAACACGUCAUCGACUAACUCGUCGCGUGACUCGUCGCCCUGCAGGGACCCGCCGUCACCAUUCGCGCUGCCGAAUCACUCGUUGAUCCAAGCGUCGAAGCCGCCGAUCGUGGUGCGUCGCGGCCCGCGCGGCUUCGGCUUCACGAUCCACACGGUGCGCGUCUACUACGGCGACACCGACUACUACACCAUGCACCAUCUCGUCUCGGCGGUGAGCGAGCAGGGCGCGGCGUGGGCGGCGGGGCUGCGCGCCGGCGACCUCAUCACGCAGCUCAACGGCGAGAGCGUGCAGGGGCUGCUGCACACGCAGGUGUUGAGGUUACUUUUGGCAGCACCGCACGCUACUCUACGCGCCACUCCGCUAGAUCAGACCACGAUACAGGCUGGCGGUCGCCGCCGCGUGGGUGGCGGUCGGCGCGCGGCGGCGCCCCCGCGCCCGCGCCCGCGCCGCCGCUGCUCGCUGUUCCGACGCAUCUCCACCAAGCGCGCCACGCAGGAGAUGCACCAGAUGGUGUCGUCGGGCGAGUGCGGCUCGUCUGCGUCGCCGUCGCCCGCGCCCGCCUCGCCCGCCGCCGACAGCCCGCUGCACACCACCGCCACCACGCACUACCAAAGACCGUCGUCGCUGCACGGCCUAAAGCACAAGCUGGGCGGCGUGGCGGGCGUGGCGGGCGUGGCGGGCGUGGUGGGCGUGGCGGUGGGCGCGGGCGCGGCGGGCGGCGCGGACGUGCGGCGCGCGUCGCUGCAGCACAUGCCGCUGUCGCCGCUGGCGCGCACGCCCUCGCCCUCGCCGCAGCCGCCGCCGCAGCCGGCCUCGCCCACCAGACUGCAUCCACGCUCAGCCGAGGCCAAAUGCUCCAUCUCGCCGCUGUGCUGCGGCGGCGUGGGCGGCGCGGUGGGCGUGGGCGGCGGCGGGUCGCGGCGCGGGGUGGUGUGGCGCGCGCCCGCGCCCGCGCCGCCCACGCCGCCGCCGCAGGACAAGCCCGACGAGCCGCCGCUGCCGCGCAUCGCCGAGGAGAAGGACUCGCCCACGCAUCAUGCGAGGAACUUGCCUAAUAGCAGGACACCAGCAAAGCAGUCGACGCCGAGCAUCUUCACGUCAUCUCCGAAGCCGAGCGUGGAGAAGUGCGCGUUCGACGCGUCCGCUUCGUUCGCGUCUCUCUCGCUGUCGGACGAGUCGUACGUCGCCGACACGUCCGCCGACAUAUCCAACGUCGACACUUCUAGGGAGAUGUUUUUGGAUGACAGUCGAACAAGCACAGAACCUAGCGCGCCCGCAGAAGACAAGUUCAAGAAGCCGGCGCCCACCGAGCCGUCUCCCACCGCGGAGCCGCAGCCGAAGGUACGCAAGAAAUCCGACUCCAGCCUGAAGGAGGAGGAGUUUAAGUCGAAGUUGAAGAAACAAGAGAAACCGGAGCUGAAGAAGCAGGACUCGAUGAAGAAGAUGGAAGUUAAAGAGGAGAAGAUCGAAGUUAAACAGGAAGAGAAGAAAGUUGAUAAGGUGAUGGAGCGAGCUGGCUCGAUAAAGAAAGUAGAGAAGGAGAAGGAGAAAGAAGCUAAGAAACAAGAGAAGGCGGAGAAGAAGCAGGAGAGGACGGAAGCGAAGCGCACCGAGUCCGUGAAGAAGAUCGAAGUCAAGCGGCAGGAGUCUGUUGACACUAAUAAGUCACCAGAAGCGGUGGAGGCUGGCGGCAGCGAGGGUCGCAGUAAGAACAGCAUGGUCAGCAAGCUCCUCGGCGUCAUGGGCCGGAAGGGCACCCGCGACCACGACGACGACAAACCCGCCAAGAAGAACGACAAGCAGCCCAAGAAAAAGAGCGGCAGCCAACCGCCGCCAGCGCAGCCUCCGAAGCCCGAACCGCCACCGCCCACCAUCGACAAAGACUGCGACGACAAGAAGAAGAAGGGAAGAGGGAGGGCGUCCAGCUCCUCUUCUGGCGAGAAGUGAUGCGGAAAGGAUAAUGCGGAGCGGACGUCAGUGCGUAGAUGCGACGCUUGUGCUUCGAAGCUUUGUGUUUGCGGAAUGAGAGACGCGUGUUCGACUAUAUCGAUAUAUUUUGAUAUCGAUAUAAAAAUCGAUUUGUGGUUCGGUAAUUUGAAAGGCAGCUUAGUGAGUAGGAAAUAUAAUUGUAAUGGCACGUCUAGUGUCUUUUUAAAAUGCUUAUUAAUAUAUACUGCCUUCUAAAAUCGAUAAGUAUAAAUGUGUAAAUCCGGGUUUUCUAUGAUUCCGGUGCUGUGUUAGCGAAUGUCAGAAUUUUAAUGAAAAAUCUAAUUUAAUAUGCCUUGAGCUGUUUGGUUUUUAAAUAUUUACUUAGCUAGUCUAAAUGAUUCGAAGAUACGCCGCGAGAGGCUUUUUAGCAAAUUUAAAUUGAAUUGAAAAGUUAUUUAUAAUUAUAAAAAAAAAAAGCAUCGAUAUAUCUAAAAACACGUCGAACUCUCAUUUCGUAAAUGUCGAUACGUGUUUUUUAAUAAUAAAAUUUCGCUGUCGUGUUCAUUUUUCAAGGGAAAGAGAUACGUAUACACACGUAGUGGGAGUGAGUGAAUAAGAUACAUUUUGUCGUGAUUGCGUGCGUUUGGGGACGUCGAUAUUUGGGAACGUCGGCCGUGAUUUUAUUAUCAAUUUUAUAACUAGUUUAAUGAUUUUAAUGUAAUUUAAAGGAUUUGAUAAUAUAACUGUGUUUUUGUAUCAACAGAAUAUUAAUGUUGUUUUUAAAUAUAUCGUAUUUUUGCAGUUAAAGGGUAUUUAAAAGUAAAAUAAAAACGGAUGAAGCAUGUAUAUUAUAAAUAUUGUUUUGUAUAUUUAAUAGAUAUUGUAAAAUCAACUAAAUCACGGUCGAUUAUGAAACUCGCUUUCACAUCUCAAACCGACAACAUUUAACACAAACUUAAUUUUAAAAACACUAACGUAAAUUUAAAAAGAAAGUACAAAAAAUGUGUUUGUUUGCGUAUCGACAAUCAAUCGAUAUCGAUGAACGAAAGCGAGAUUUCAUCUCCAGUAAAGACGUCACUUUGUCCGAUAUCAAACGAAGUACGUUAAGCUUCUCUUAGACUGUGUAAUUUUAAUAGAUAUAAAGGAGAUAUCAUUUUGUACGUGCGGUAUCAAAAGAUUCGAAUAUCGAUAAAUAUUUCCUAAAUAAAAUCAUAUUCAUCAGCUGAAUAAACGCUCAGCCACGAUUUUAUAAUCGAUAGUAAGUUUCACACAUUUGAAAGAUUCUACACUAGCUUUCUUAACCCUUUUUAAUUUUCUUAAAAAUAUUGUCGAUGUUUUGCUGAUCUUUAAGUAAUGAGGGUUUCAAGGAGUGCCUUGAACCAAACAUGUAAUUAGGUCUACACGCGUUGAUCCUUGCCUAGUUGUCUAGCUACUAGAUAAUCGAUACUGAGCAUUGGCAAGGCGAAGUGAAUAUGCUGUCUUAAUGUUGGUGUUGAUAUUGGCCUUCACUUGGCAACGUUUCUCCAACGUGUGUUGCGAGCUUAAUGUAUUGAGCAUAAACGUGUAAAUUGUUUUUUAUACGUGCUUGCCAAUGUGACUUCACUGCAGCUGAUGGUUAGUGGAGUGGGGUCCAAUAGAAUGUCGACUGACGAGAGAUGAUUAUUCCUCGCGUUUGACACUAUUAUGCCGGCCUGUUCGAACCGGAUAUACACAAACUGAUUCCGGAACGCGACACUUACAUGAGCUACUAUGGCGGAUAUAAAAUAUAUCCUCCAAAAAUGUUUGUUUCAUUCGAAUCUUUUGACACAACACAGUUAUGACAACGUUAUGCAGCUGUCAGUAUUACAUUGUUGAGGCGUCUACGAACACAAUACUAUAAGGCUCCAUUAUAAUAUAAUUUUCGAUGCAAAACUAAAACUUUGUUAGUAUUUCAUCAUUUAUGUUUAGGUGUUUUAUGUCGAUAUAAUUACAUUUAUAUGAUAUUGUUUCCAAUUAAUUAUAAUCAGUCUAGAUUUCUCUGUGUUAAUUCAAAAAUGUUUGACAGAUUUUAUUUAGUUUCUUCUUAGCAUUAUAAUGAGAAACUAUAUUUUUAGGUCAACAUUCUUAAUAAACCCAGAUGUAGGCUGUGUUGAGUCGCAAUAUGAGUUUUCAAUAUCAUAAACCUACGUCCGCCCUAAAGAGCUGAAAGGUUACACUAAACCUAUAUGGGAUGUAAAAAAUAUAUCAUAAAACACCUAAAACAAUACUAAAAUCUCAUAUUUUAGUUUAUAAUCGUGUUUAGUGAUUGGGAAGUUGAAAUAAACUUGUGUACAUUAUUAUUGUUAAGUUAGCGACGUAUGAAAUGUGAUAUAAUUUGUAAUACUUGGUUUUAAACGUUUUCUAGAUCAUAAUGUGAAUCGUCUGUUCGUCGCGUCUUUGCCCCAUUUGAAACUGAAAAUAUAUUUCGUAUACGUCAGGGUUGCGUUCUAAAAAAAAAACGAUAAUCUAUUUGUUGCCUUAUGAGAAAACUUUGUAAAAAACGGUUCAGCAGUUUUUACUGCUUUAUCUCGUUUGUAAAAAUAUAUAUUUGUGGCAAUAUUAGAUUAUUUUAAUCCGAAUUAAGAAUGCUUCUCUAGAACGAAUUGUUUUAAGAAGAGCAAAGCCGCGGCGGGAAGGCGGUAAAUAAUAUAUUUUUAAUAUUGUUUUCUUUUUUUUCGUCUCGUUAUAUAAACGGUUUAAGUGAAACAUUUUUCAGAGUAUUUUGAUUCGGGGGAUAUUUUGUAGUGUUUGUGUUUUUUUUAUGCUUAUUUUUGGGUUGUUUUCAUAUCUGUUUACGGAGUACGUUUAUUUGUUGGUAAUGGAUGGUUUUUGUUUAAGAACAUCUAUGUAUUGGUUAGUGCUAAGGUCUGAAAUAAGUUGACACUUUGCUGAUUAUCUAUCAAACUGGUAAUUUCAAUGGUCUUAUUGUAUUUUAAGCAGCUCCAAGCGAAAUAAAUCGCUGUCGGUUUGAUAAGUCGAUCGAACGGUUGGACAAACAGUUGGUGCGUAAGGACGCACUGAAUAUGUUGGCUUGUUGAAGUAAAAAUUUCAGACUUUAGUGUGGACUUGUUCAAUCUUAACCCAUACCUUACAGUAAGUAUGCAUGUAUAAAGAGCUUUUACAAUUAGAUACGCCCGUAUGAAAAUAAUCUGUUUUUAAAAAUCUAUAAUUGUUUAUGCACCAUUUUAUUUUUAUAAUAUUUUAUUACGAAUGCAUCUAUAACAUAAAUAAUUUAGAAUCAACAGCUUAAUAUUAAAAACAAGAACUCCGAGGGACUAAACUUUGAUAAUACGUUGAUAUAAGAAUUCAGAAAUUUCAUUGGCGAGCAUUCAUAGCUGAUAAUUGCUUAUCCAUCAACUAUUCGUGUAUUAAAAUUCAUCGAAUAUGGUUCAGUCGGAUUUUAGAUGUGUGAAAACUUACUUCAUUUUAUUGAUAUUAAUAAAAUAAUGGAAUGUUGUACUUUAGGUGUGUUUAUAACAAAAACAAUAAUGGCAAAAUAAUUUGGCAUGUCUUUGCAUAAAAACACGCCUAAUCUCCCAAAAUAGGAACACAUUCCACGAUAGAUCAGUGCCAUAAUAAUUGAGCCUCCAAUGUCGAUUCUGACCCAUGUACUUGGUAGGAAAUAGCGUAUAUUAAUGGAGGGUAACAAAGAAGUUAUAAAUGCCCCCAUUUUCCUAUCACAUACCAACUAGAUAUUAUGUUUAUCGUAGUGUGCGCAGAUUUAUUUUUAAUUUGAGGCUUUUGCGCAUAAUCCGAUUCUAUAACGAAAGGAGGCAUCAAUUAAAACAAUGUCUUCCUAUGUGUUAAUUUUGUUAUUUUAAUGCUUAAUAUCUUGGCAACAAGUGUUGAUUUCGUUUUAAUUAUUUACUGAGCAGCGUCUAAUGCUAAUAAAUGUGCCCGUUUUCAAUGCAGUUUUGGUUUAAUUUUUGUAAAACAUUCCAUAGAAAUAUUGUGUUUAGGUAAUUUCGAAAAAUAAAAUUACUAACAUCAAAUUGAUGCUAUUGAAAAGAUUAAUCCAAAAAUAUUAUAUUAACUGUUUACUAUGAUAUAUUUCUGUCAUUGUUUUGCUCAUGCUUUAAACAAUAUUGACACACUUGUAUAUUCUUGUGCGAGCAAGAGUAAACAAGUGAAAUAUCUUUAUGGAACGAAUAUUGUAGUUUUAACUAACUGGCAAAUAUUUUUCAAAUAAUCUUAAAUGCUGUAUUAACUUCUGUAUAGAAGGCAUCUUCUGAAUGUAAAUUUAAAAUUGUUUUUGAAAGCUUCUCUUGUUUUGUUUUAGUGUUGUUAAUACUCAUUGGUUAAAUUGUUGUUUACAUGGCAAAUUUUUUCUUUGUAAGCCUGUUUGAUGCAGGAUUAUUACGUAAAUUUAAUCUUGAUGAUAUUUAUGCGAAUUAAUUGUUUAAUUUACGGCAAUAUUGUGAUGAAUCGACGUACCAUUCAGCUUGUUAAAUUAAUUUAUGGGACCAUGACUUUAGAGUUAUGAUGUCUAAUGUUAAUGAAUUUAGCAAAUGUAAAUUAUAUUUAAAAAAAUUAUAAGCAUGCUUAAUUUGUAUUUUGAGCGCAGAUCUGUUCGCAGAGUGCUCAAGCACGUAUAUUUAAUUGAGCACGCUUCUCCAUUGCUGUACUAUCGCUCUGGUAGUGAGCAGUAUUGCUCGCCUGAGCAUAUCGAUAUGCUCAAACACUACACGACUGGUGUCGUUUGGUAACUUUACGUAACAUUUGAUAGUAUUAUUUUUCACAUAAUGUUUCUGUAAUUUUUUAUGUAGCCUGCCAUAAUGAAUGUACCGCGAAAGUAAUUUUAACUUGAACUUAGCGUUUAAAAGUGUUAAAUGUGAUUUACAAAUAAAGUAUCGUAUAGUGAGCAAGGGGAAAUAUUUUCUCUAGAAUAAUUGUGUAUGAAUUGAUAUGAAAUAAAGUCAUCAAUUAACUGUUCUUAA